GUAGUACCGUAUGGUAAAGGUUCCGGAAGUUAACGAAGUCUGACGAGCUUACCGGAAGGGGUAGUUCCGAGCAUACCGGAACUAGUGAGGCAGUCCGGAACUGAUAGCUGAGAGUACGACGCCAUAUUGGUAGACGUUACUUAAAGUCAUUGUUAUCUGGCAGAUUCUGUGCAACUACAGACCAUCCAAGGAAGAUGUCUGCAGAGAAGAUCCUGUCCAAUACACAGGCAAAACGGCUAAUUCCGCCCUCGGAGUUAGCCAGUUUGGUGACUGCCCUACCUGACAAGGCCAAAGCUAUUGAGGCUUUGUUGGGGCAGGUGGACCUAGCCAAAAGGUCCAAGAAGAAGGGCUGGGCUAAAGGUUUAGCCAGGGAAUUGGACAAACUCCAGUUCCACAGCCAUUCAUGGAUUAGCCAGUAUGUCCAUGAAUUGCCAGCUACCAAAAAGCUGGUGUGGAAGGAAGAUCCAACAGGGACCUCCAAAGACAUUCGCCUGGCUAUUGACCCUUCAAUCCAGGUGAUUCGCUCCGACUGUGGGACCAAAUCCCACACGUCGUCAGAGUCCAUCGCCCUGUUGGAUGAGUUCGACAUGGAGGUAGAAGUGGAGUCUGGGGAUGAGAGGAAGUUGCUGGCCAGUCCACCCUGUUCACCUCUCAAGCCAAAGCCAGUUAGCCCUGUCAAACCAAUUGUCCGGGCUAGCUCCCCAAGGAAGUCCUGGGCUGAGGCAAUGGAGUUGGAGGUCCCUCUAACUCUUGUAGCCACAGCAGCCCCUCCAUCGUCGGAGACUGUGACCAUAACACAGUCUGCCGGCCCAGAGGGCCUAUCAGAGAGUAGCCCAAAAGCCGAAUUGGCGUGCGUCGCAGCGUCUCCUGCAAAGUUAUCUCAGGAAAAGGCCUCUGCUAGUUCUGACCAACCCAAAGGUCAGAAUAAGGACCCUAAGAGUAGGAGAAAUCCGAGUGGCCAAAACACUCGGAGGUCACACUACUCUGGGGGUGAGCGCCUUGACCGGAGGAGACCUGCACCGACCACUGGGGACCAUGGCUCCGCUCCGAAGGAAAAGCACUCCAGGGUAGUGCCCGCCAGUGUCCCAAAGACAUCUCGGUGCCCAGUGCCGGGUUGUUGUGGGAAUUUCACACAAAAGCAUGCCAUGGAGGCCCACCUCCCUGGUGUCUUUUGGCUGUGUGUUAGUGGUGAAAGUGUCACCAAUAGAAGGAUAGGGGCAUUGAAGCUAGUGGUCAGGUGGCUACUAGGGUUUAGCAGUACUUUGCUGAAUCUUGUGGUUUACUUGGAGAGUGUUGGUGUGCCGGUUUCCCAUGAAACCUGCUCCAGCGAUCUCCAGAGGCGCAGCCACGAGUUCCUGUUGAGGCUCUAUGCCCUGUACCCGAGACCCUCUCAAAAGAAACGAGGUUAA